CCUGUGCGUGGGUGGAAGAGCUGGGCUUCAUUAGUGGACCAUGGUCCAGGGCAGGGGAUCCAGGCCCAGCAGGGGUAGGAGGAGAAGGCGUCACUUCCGGGGGCCUUCGCCAGUGUCUGGUGGCUCUCUGCUCUCUGAUUGGGCCGAAGUGGCCGGGUCAGACGUGUGACCCAGUGCUAUGGAAGGGCUGUGCCCCAGCGCCCCAUGUCUUCCUACUCAUCUGCUCCCCAGAGUGCUGUCCGCUGCGCGCCUGGUUCCUUAAGCCCUGCUCCCUGGGGAGAGAUUCCAGACCUUCUUCCUCUGCCCGCCUGUGCCCCACCCCACUCUGCCCAGAAGUGCAAGAGCCCAAGCCGCCUCCAUGGCCGCAGGAAGGAUUCAGGGGAGAGGCCCCAUACAGGGAGCCCCUCCAGCCAGACACUCCAGCCAGAAUGCAGCUGACUGAAUUGCUCCUGGUGGUCCUUCUUCUCCUUACUGCAAGACUAACUCUGUCCAGCCCAGCUCCACCUGCCUGUGACCCCCGACUCCUAAAUAAGCUGCUUCGUGAUGCCCAUGUCCUUCAUGGCAGACUGAGCCAGUGCCCAGACGUUAACCCUUUGUCCGCACCCGUCCUGCUGCCUGCUGUGGACUUCAGCUUGGGAGAAUGGAAAGCUCAGACGGAGCAGACCAAAGCACAGGACAUUCUAGGAGCAGUGACCCUUCUGCUGGAGGGAGUGAUGGCAGCUCGGGGACAGCUGGGACCCACGUGCCUCUCAUCCCUCCUGGGACAGCUUUCUGGACAGGUCCGCCUCCUCCUUGGGGCCCUGCAGAGCCUCCUGGGGACCCAGCUUCCUCCACAGGGCAGGACCACAGUUCACAAGGACCCCAAUGCCAUCUUCCUGAGCUUCCAACAACUUCUCCGAGGAAAGGUGCGUUUCCUGCUGCUUGUAGGAGGGCCCACCCUCUGUGCCAGGCGGGCCCUGCCCACCACAGCUGUCCCAAGCAAUACCUCUCUGUUCCUCCCACUAAACAAGCUCCCAAACAGGACUUCUGCGUUGCUGGAGACGAACUUCAAUGUCUCAGCCAGAACUACUGGCUCUGGACUUCUGCACAGGCUGCAGGGAUUCAGAGCCAAGAUUCCAGGUCUGCUGAAUCAGACUUCCGGGUCUUCAGACCAAAUCCCUGGACACCUGAAGGGGACACACAGACCCUUGAACGGAACUCAUGGACUCCUUCCUGGAGCCUCACCCAGAGGCCUAGAAGUCCCAGACAUUCCACCAGGAAUUUUAGACACAGGCUUCCGGCCACCCCACCUCCAGCCUGGAUAUUCUCCUUCCCCGGCCCCUCCUCCUGCUGGACAGUGCACACUCUUCUCUCCUCCACCCACCUUGCCCACACCUCUCAUCCAGCUCCACCCCCUGCUUCCUGACCCUUCUAGCACACCCAACUCCAGCAGCCCUCUCCUGGCCACAGCCCACCCUCACCCCCGGAGGUCUCAGGAAGGGUAAGGUACCCAAGCACUGCCAGACGGGAAGGGCCCUGGCAGCCAGCCGCAGCCCCACCAGCCGUCCUGCGUCUACCUGCAACUGGAAGCCCUGGCAGAGAGGGCUGCACAGGACAGAAAAGGGGACUGCUUUUCACUGUACGUUAUAACAGAAGCUAUUUUUUUAAGCUAUUGACAAUAAGUAUUCAUCCGAGCAGCUAGUUAGUGUUGGUCUGUUUUCUGUAUAAUUUUGCAAAUCACAUCUGAGUGCUCUUUUUCAGGAUAAUCCUGCAAAGGCUUGGCUUGGCCCGGCCUGGCCUGGCCUUUGAACAGAGGUAGAUUAAUUAGCCUUGUGUCAGAAAACAGAAAGUGUAAUUUCCUUUGCUUUAAGUUUAAGGCCUUCCAAUGCCCUGUCCCCUUUAUCAUCAUUCCUGGUGGGACUGUUUGCUCCUCAAUUUUUGAGAUCCUUAUUCCUGAUAAAUGAGUAACAGGUGUCUAUUAGAAAGGCCAGGGUGUUAGCUCAGUGGCGCCACUGCCUGCCUCACAAGCACCAGGUCCCGAGUUUGAUCCCCAGUAUCAAAAAAAAGAAAGGCUGUCCCUACACAAAUAUACGAAAUGAGCUUGGAAAAGAAUAAAUCAGAGUACUGUAAAGCUAACUAAAAAGGGAAAGACGUUCUUCACAGUGGGGAAACAGAUCCCACACCCUGACCCACCU